AUGACCACCUACACCAACAAAAAAGCCGUAAUAAUCGGCGGGACCCACGGCAUAGGGCUCGCAACAGCCAAACUCCUCCUAGACUCUGGCACCAAAGUCCUCCUAACAGGCCGAAGCCAACCCCCCAUCGCAGCCCUAAAAGCGCAGCUCGACGAAAAGGCACACAUCGUGCAAAGCGACAUAACAUCCCUCGCCAGCAUCACCAACCUCGUCCUCGAGACCAAAUCCAUCUUCGGAAACGAUCCGCAGCUCGACUUCCUCUUCAUCAACGCUGGCUACGCACACCUUGAACCCUUCGCCAGCGUCACCGAGGAGUCCUUCGCGCGGACAUUCAACACGAAUGUUUUUGGAUCGUUCUUCGUCGCGCAGCGCUUUGCACCGCUUAUCCGCGACGGCGGCGCAAUCGUCUUCACGUCCUCUGUCGCAUCGAAGAUGGGGUUUCCGGGGAUGUCGGUGUACAGUGCCUCCAAGGCGGCCGUGGGCUCGCUGGUUCAGGGCCUGGCGUCUGAGCUUGCGUCUCGCGGGGUGAGGGUUAACGCCCUGACGCCUGGGUUUAUUAGGACGCCGACGAUGGGUGUUUCGGGCGUUAGCAGUGACCAGCUUGCGGAGUUUGAGGCGGAGGGGUCGAAGCUUACGCCGCUGGGUAGGAUUGGGAGGGCGGAGGAGGUUGCGAAGGUGGCUGUGUUUUUGGCGUUCGAGGCGACGUUUACGACGGGGUCUGAGGUUUUGGUUGAUGGGGGGUUAAUUUCGUUUCAGAAGGGGAAUUAG